AUGAAUUUGAACAGGCGAAGUCAGCAGUCGUCUGUUUCCUGCCUGUAGCUGGGUCCUGUAUGGAAGCCCGUGCGAGGCUGUCCCGGAGACCCCGCGCUGCCUGCACCUCUCGUCUUGGUUGACAUGGACGAUGAAGAUGGCAGGUGCCUGCUAGAUGUCAUUUGUGACCCAGAAGCACUCAACGACUUUCUUCAUGGAUUAGACGCCCAUUGCCAUAUUCCAGAGGUCCGGCCCCCAGUCCAGCUGCUGUCCAAUGAGCAGCCAGCCUUGCCCCGGGUCAGUGUGGACCUGGACUUCCUGGAAGAUGAUGUCAUCCUGGGCGGGUCGCCGGGCGGUAGCGGUAACAACACCAUGGAGCCAUGUGACAUCCUGCAGCAGAGCCUGGCGGAGGCUAACAUUACAGAGCAGAGCCUGCAGGAGGCCGAGGCAGAGCUAGACCUGGGCUCCUUCGACCUCACCAUGCCAGGUCUGACUCAGGUGGUCCAGACCCUGCCCUGUACAGACAGCCUGACUGGGUCUGGAGGGACCACUGCGGGGGUGGGGCUCCCCAUCUUCCCUGGAGCUCCAGGCUCCUCCGCCACCCCUCCCCAGGCCACAGCUGACAUGCUGGGCUCGGUGCUGGCCCAACAGGGCCUGGAGUUUGGGCCCCAGGUCAUGAACAAGGCCCAGACAAUCAGUAUGCAGCCUUUCAUUCAGCAGGUGGCAGGCCUGGGUAACGUCACCCUUCAGCCAAUCUCCUCCCUCCAGGCUCUACCUAACGGCUGUCAGUCAGGUCACCUGGGACUGGGACAGAUACAGGUGAUGGGCCAGCCCACUGUGAUGACUAUGAACCAAUCAGGACAGCCCAUCCUGGCCAAGAGUAUGGGAGGAUACCAGCUGCACCAGCCUGGCCCCGAGGCACAGGGGGCAGGUGGGCAGGGCGGACUGGGAGGGGGACUUCUGAUCCAAGGGGGCAAAGCUACUCUGGGAUCUCCAGUUUUAAACGGCCCGGCGUUUGGCUCUAACAGUAACGGUAGCACCAUAACUGCUGCUGGAAGCUUGGGUCAACAGGGGCAGAACCUGAUCAUCCAGCGAACCCCGACCCCCAUCCAGCCCAAACCCCCCCAGGGGGGCGCAGCCAUCCAGCCCAAACUGUUCAAGCAGCAGCAGGCCCAGCCCCACACCCUCCAGAAUGAUGCCAACAAGGCUCUUGGGGCUCAGGUCCCUGUCUCCGCUGCCCAGAAUGUAGCCUUCCUGACAGGCAAGCCUGGCGCCAACGUGGUCCUGACCUCCCAGGCAGGGCUUCCCCAACAGGCUCUGUUCAAACAGCAGACAGCCCACCACCCCUCUGGGAAAGCACUGAGUGUCCACCUGCUCAACCAGCCAGGCAGCAUCAUGCUGGGGGGGCAGAACCACCAGUUCCUCCUGCCACAACAGCUAGCUGGGGGUCAGAUCCUCACGCAGCACCCUGGGGGCCACAUUAUCACCUCCCGGGGGCCUGGGGGCCAGCUGAUAGCCAACCAGAUCCUGGCUCAGCACCAGAACAUCAACCUGGGCCAGGUGCUGACUUCUCAGGGCCACCCUCUGCUCCAGGGCCACAUCCAGCUGCAGCCGGGCCAGAUGGGGGUGGGACAUCAGAUCUUCCAGAUGCCUGUCACCCUCUCCCAGAGCCAGAGCCACCCAGUCACGGGUCACCAGGCCCACACAGUGAUCCAGGGCAUGCCCUUGCACAACUCCCUGGCCAUGCUGAGCCAGGUAGAAGGGUUGAGUCCUGCUGUCAGCUUGCAGCCCGCUCUGCAGCCACAGCCAGGGGGCGUUCCCAGCAGCGUGGUGGGUGGGGCUGCUGCCAUUGCACAGGGCCAGCCUGGGGGUAGUGUGCCGAUGCGGGGGAGUUCUACAGAGCAGGCAGCCCACCCUGGACAAGCCCCUCAGCCCUCCUCCAUCCUCUCUAUGCAGGCUGGGCCCUCUGUCUCCAUGGCCAUGUCUGUCCCCUCCUCCUCUCCGUCCUUAUCUGUGUCCACCACACUGGUCCCCCACCUAGCCCAGCAGCACAGCCCCGGGAGCAGGGUGCUCUUCACGGGCCACCAGGGCUCCAGCAUGAUCCUCAGCCAGGAACACCUCCAGAUGUUCCUCCAGCAGGACCAGCGACAGACAGAGAAUGAUCCCGUCCCCACUGUGUCAGUGGGCGUGCCAGCGUCCGUUAUCGUCAGCAGCAACAGCAGCUUUGGCCAAGCCUCCUCGGGCCAUGACAGCCAAUUAGCUGAGACAGCAGUGGUAAACCAGAUGCCCCAGGCGGGUGGCCAGCAGCAGCAACUGAAGCUCCAGAGCCUGUCCCCCUCCCAGCCCCUGGCCUCCCACACUGCCCUCCCUCUGUCAGACAGCCCCCAGCCCUCCCCCUCCCCAUGCAUUCCCCCAGUCCUGGCCCCUUCUCAACCCCAGACCCCUGCCCGAUCCUGCACCCCCUCCUCUCUUCCCCCAAUGUUCAUUAUCCAGAACCAGAUACCAGGCCACUCCCAGCCUGCACUACAACAACAACAACAGAUACACCUCCAGCCCCGGCCCCCUCCCAGCCUGCCCCACAACAACAACAGAUACACCUCCAGCCCUGCCCCCCUCCCACCUGCUCUCUACGAACCGGACGUCCCCCCUCCCUCUCGCUCCCCCAAACCCCCCCAGAUCCUCCAGGCCCCUCUGGCAGGGCUCCAGUUCACUGCUAGCCAGGUGGGGGACCCCGGGGGUGGGGUGUUGAAGACCCAGGUCUUAACAGCAGAGCGACAGCACCGCCUGCAGCUGGUUGGUGCUCAGCCCUCUCCACAACAGAAACACCAGGUGCAACAGAACAUUCUACUACAGGCCAAAUGGCAGCAGCAGCCCCAACAGCAUGGUGGUCAACAACAAGACGUGCCUGCUCCUCAGUCAUCUGUGCUGGUCAAGACUCCUGCCACAGCAUUCAAUGACGUGUUGUCAGGAGCUCAGGUGACCCAGGGGGGCGUGGCUCCAGCUAACCAGCCUGGUCAACAGUCACUACACCAGGCUGUGCAGGUGGGGGGAAUGGAGUCCGUGUCAGGUCUGAGUCAGAUGACCUCUACACAGCAGACUUUCAGCCCUGGUCUGGCCCCUCUACAAACACAGACUGCUGCUAUGAAGAUGCAUUUCAGUAUGGCUAAACCCAGCAAGGAAGCCAGGAUGUUGGAGCAGCUGAGGAAGCAGCAGGGCUCAGUCCUCCACCCAGACUACAGCUCUUCCUUCCAGUGCUUUGAAGACACCCUGACCCGCCUGGUGCCUUACCACCUCUACCAGGGCACUGCCACCCCACCACACGACUACCACAGAGUGGAUGAUGAGUUUGAGAGGGUUUCCAGCCAGCUCCUGAAGAGAACGCAGGCUAUGCUGGAUAAAUACAGACACCUCCUUUUUGAGGAAUCAACGCGCCUUGGCCCGUCAGCUGAGAUGGUAAUGAUGGACAGGAUGUUUAUUCAGGAAGAGAAGAUCUCUCUGGGACAGGACCGCAUCCUCGCCAGAGACAGACCUGGUAACAAAUCUUUAUAUAAUAUACAUACAGGGCAUUCGGGAAAGUUUUCAGACCCCUUGACGUUUUCCACAUUUUGUUACAUCCUGUCAAAUUCUGUCAGAAGUCCGGUGUGUUGUCCCACCUGCGGCAUCGCGCCCAGCCCUCCUCUCUACCCUCCGAGGGGCAAGAAGAACCCCAGUAAGACUGAGGUGUGUCCAGAACAUGUCUUAAACCACAGGAUGAGUUCCUCUGUCCCAGACAUCACCCCCACCUCCUCCCUGGCCCAGCAGGACUACCAGACCUACAGCAGCCCCAACACUCCCACCAUUAAGACUGUUGGAGACAGAAGGCAGGGAGGAGGUGCUAGCUCUCACACCGUUGACACGGCUGGGAGCGGCGCUGCUCUAAACCGACUGAGCGUCCCAGUGGACCAGGCUGACUGGACGUCCCAGGAGUCGGUGUGUAGUGAACCCAGUGCUGCCCUUAUGAGGAGGAGGACCUGUCAGAGGAGAGCCAUGCGCUGA